GUUUUUUUUUUUUUUUAAAGAUCAAUUAAGUGAUUCGAUUACUCAUUGUGUGAAAACAGCGAAAAAGAAAUAAAUUAAAAUAUUUGGUGCGGAAAAAGUUUGUGGAUUACUUAAAAAUUUAGUGGUAUGCAAUGGCUCGAAAUGAAACGAGUUUUCGAAGUAUCUCGAUGUUUUCGAUAAACAAUUUGUGAGUGAAUUUCAAUAUAAUUCGGACUCAUAUCAGUCCAAAUGGUUUAAUUCAAUUUAUAAUAAAUGUAUUGCGUUGAUAUUUCCAAACAACAGUUCGACCAAUGACAAAUUAUUUCACAAUAGCGCAUUCAACACGUAACUAAAUCUAUAGCUUCGGCAAGAAUAACAAAAAUUACAACAUCAUCAUCAUCGACGGAGUCGUGUUUUAUCGACUCGAUCGCAACGCAUUCAUCAAGUGAAGAAGACUAAGACAAAAGCAAAAUUAAAAACAGUAGAAGACAAAAAAAACCGUCGAAAACAUACCAGUCAGUGAAAUUGCGAUAUUUUUGAUGAAAAGAGAAGCAAAAAAAAAAAAUAAAAAUAAAAGUUAAAACAACAAAAUUUUGGAAGAAAAAAAACCGAAAGAUAUUUACAAAACAAAUACAGAAACAAAUUCAAACAAAAGAAAAAAAAAAGUGUUUGAAAAGUUAUUCUAACACAAAGCGUCAUCACCGGUUCAGUUUUUUUCCCUGACGUUUUUUUUCGUCGUGUUUUGUGAGUGAUUUGAUCUAAAGAUAUCUGAAUUUGAAUAUUACAAAGGAACGUAUACACAGAAAACCACACUUUCAAAAGUAAAUGAAACGUAGAUGAAUUCGCCGACACAAUUAGGUACAGUGUAUUAAAAAAAAUUGUGCUAAUUGCAGAUACUUUAUUAUAUCUCCUGUGUGUAAGCAAAUAAAGAAAAAGAUCGAGAACGAGUGAACACAAAAAUAUUACGACAAAAACAUCGCAACAGUAAUAAGUGUCUGAAAGUUAUUGCUACUUUUAAAGCAUUUGAUCGCUAUCGACAACAGCAUCGGGCAAAAAAAAAGUUCGUUAUUUCAUAUGCUACCGCUUCUUCUUCUUUUUCUUUUUUUCAUCGUUUAAAUUAACAGUUACACAAUUCCCAAGCAUUUGGCACUCACAAUUAGUGCACAAUACACAGAUGAAAUUAAUUGCGGCGUUCUUCUUUUUAUUUGAUGUGGCACAAAAGCAAUACACACGGUGACCCUAUUUUUUGAUAGUAUUUGUUUGAUGCGACGCUUCAAAACUCAUUUGAGGUUAGAAUUUUGACGUCUCCGUCUCACAAUUUUACACGUACAAGGCUUCAAAACGCGCGCUGAAUUUCUUCUUUCUUACACGACAAAACCACAUACAGUAAAAUAAAAACGCGGUGAAUUUUUAGUGUGAUUAUUAUUGUGAAUAGACAAAAGACUAUUAUUGUUUUCGUUUUCAAGGGAAAUUUUCUGUAUAAUAAGUGAUUGAUUGAAUUUGUAUUUUAUGAUUUCCUUGAAGCAAUUCAACCAGAUUAUUUGAAAAAAAAAAGUAACAACAAAGCGAUAUUGGAAUAUUUAAGUGACGUAAUAUUUUCAGUUCAAUUUUUUUUUCUUUAUUUAGUUCAGUUUUGAAUUGAUAAACGAAAAUCCAGCUACUUAUUAUUGGAUUAAUUUAAAAAGAAAGGAUCUAUUCCGAUUUCAAAAUUCAUCAUCAACAAAAUCAUCUUAAAAUGUAUCCGACAAAUGCACGACAUCCACCGGCCUCGGGCCCACCACAACAAGGACCAAUUAAGUUCACAAUUGCUGACACCUUAGAACGAAUAAAAGAGGAAUUUAAUUUUCUGCAGCAACAGUAUCACACAUUAAAAUUGGAAUGUGAAAAACUAACAAAUGACAAAACCGAAAUGCAAAGGCAUUAUGUGAUGUACUACGAAAUGUCGUAUGGCCUUAACGUGGAGAUGCACAAACAAACAGAAAUAGCGAAACGUUUGAGUGCAUUGAUAAAUCAACUGCUUCCGUGUUUACAACCAGAGCAUCAACAAUCUGUGCUUCAGGCUGUUGAACGAGCCAAACAAGUUACAAUGCCGGAGUUGAAUGCUAUCAUUGGCCAACAGCAUCCAGCAAUCCAGCAAUUGAUCCAACAAAUGCAUGCCCAACAAAUACCCAUGACACCACAUCCGAUACCAACGCUAGGUUCAUUGGGCUCGUUUGCCGGCCCAAUGGGUCUACCACAUGGACCACAAGCAUUGCUAAAAGUGCCACAGGAUUUACACAGAGAAGACAUAAAAGUCCCCUUGGGCGGACCAUCGGCAGAAGAACGAUUGCGUAAUUCUGUAUCACCAGCAGAACGUGAAAAAUAUCGGCCACGAUCACCGCCAGAACGAGAGAUAGAGGAUACAAAACGACGUAAAGAGGAUAAAUUAACCAACGAGAGUGAUGGAGAGAAAAGCGACCAGGAUUUAGUUGUGGAUGUUGCAAAUGAAAGGGAAUCACCGUCACCUCGCGCAAAUGGCGAUCAUGCCGUAGAUUCACGCGACAGCAUUGGAUUAAAUGGAAAUGACAAACCGGGCGGUAGUAAUUCGAAACCUUCGGCUGAAAGACCACCAUCUCGCUCUGGUUCAAGUUCAUCCCGUUCAACACCCAGUUUAAAAACGAAGGAUUUGGAUAAACCAGGAACUCCCGGCACAAAGGCUCGAUCGACAACACCAAAUGCAAGCGGUACCCCAGGAGCAGGAAAAGGUGCUGUUCCACCCAUACCUGUUGGGUAUCCAUCACCGUAUCAACGACUACCCGAUCCAUACCGAGCACCAGCCGAAUAUGGCCGGGCAUUUGAUCCACAUGGCCAUGUUCGUACAAAUGGCUUACCGCUUACAGCAGCCCCACAUGCGGCUGGAGGAAAACCUGCGUAUUCUUAUCACAUGAACGGUGAGGGAACAUCACAACCAGUGCCAUUCCCAGCAGACGCUUUGAAUGGACCAGGAAUUCCCCGUCAUGCACGUCAAAUAAACGCUCUGUCACAUGGUGAAGUUGUGUGUGCUGUUACCAUAUCGAAUCCAACGAAAUAUGUUUAUACCGGUGGCAAAGGCUGUGUCAAAGUUUGGGAUAUAUCACAACCGGGUAACAAGAGUCCGGUUAGCCAGCUUGACUGUUUGCAACGAGACAACUACAUUCGAUCUGUUAAACUUUUACCUGACGGCCGUACAUUAAUUGUUGGUGGUGAAGCAUCGAAUCUAUCGAUUUGGGAUUUGGCCAGUCCGACACCUCGAAUUAAAGCUGAACUUACAUCAUCGGCUCCUGCAUGCUACGCGUUGGCAAUAAGUCCGGAUUCAAAAGUGUGCUUUUCAUGUUGCAGUGAUGGUCACAUUGCCGUUUGGGAUCUACAUAAUCAAGCAUUGGUGCGACAAUUUCAAGGGCACACAGACGGUGCAUCUUGCAUUGAUAUAAGCCCCGACGGUAAUCGAUUAUGGACGGGUGGAUUGGACAAUACAGUUCGCUCAUGGGAUUUGCGAGAGGGACGACAAUUGCAACAGCAUGAUUUCAGUUCACAAAUAUUCUCGCUCGGGUAUUGUCCGACUGGCGAUUGGUUGGCAGUUGGAAUGGAAAAUUCACAUGUAGAAGUGUUGCAUGCCAACAAACCCGACAAAUACCAAUUAUUGUUACAUGAAAGCUGUGUACUCUCAUUACGCUUCGCCACCUGUGGCAAAUGGUUCGUUUCAACCGGCAAAGAUAACUUGCUAAAUGCUUGGCGAACACCGUACGGCGCUAGUAUAUUUCAGUCGAAAGAAACUUCAUCAGUGCUAAGUUGCGAUAUAUCUGCUGACGACAAAUACAUAGUGACUGGAUCGGGUGAUAAGAAGGCUACUGUUUACGAAGUUAUAUACUAAGCAAACAUUAAUGGUUUCUCAUUUUCAUCGUUCAUUCUUUCAACUGACAAAGAAGAGAAAAUCACGAAUAAGAAGAAAAGAAGAAGAAAAACAUAAAGAAAAUAACGCAUAACAUGGAACCAAUACGAAUUGUGUAAAAAGAUGUUCAAUGGAAAAAAAAAGAAAAAUAAUUAUGUAGAAUUUAAUGAUGAUCGCAUUGAAGAAGAAAAAGAAAUGUGUAGAAAUUAAACCAAAAUUACUUUAAAAUAUAAAUAAAAAAAACUUGACAGAGAAUUUCGUGUAAUUUUAAAAUCUAUUGUACAAUUUUAAAUUUAAAAUACAUUUUAUUGAAAUGACAGAGAAACACUAUGGUACUCCUCAUAUUAAUGAACACAUUAAACGAUCACAAUUUGAGCAAUGUAUAGAUAAUUUGUUUGUCGUUGGUUUUGUGUGAAAAGUGAAAACUGUUCGAUUACAUUUUUGGCAACUCGAAGCUGUGCAACAAUACCAACAAAUGAAUGACAACAUUGAAAAUGAUUUUACCAACUUAAUUUAGAAAUCAAAACAAAUAAACAGUUUAAUAAAACGAAGCUCUAAAUGUCUGAUGAAAUUUAGUUGAUAAAUGCAAUUUUUUUAAAUGUGAAAACACACGAAGAUUAAACUAUUAUCAAUAGCAUAGAAAAAUGUCAAAUGUUAAGUGUCAAUGAAAAAAAAAUCUAUAUACAAUAUUCUCAUUUAAAUGUACUAAUAACUAAUGCAAUCGAAUGGAAUUAUUAUUUCUCAAAAUGUUCUGCAUCUGAUCUUGUUCCCCUCCCCCUAUCCCCAAAUAUAUACAUAAAAUUAGGUUGUCAACUCAACAAUUAGAACCGCGUUGAAGAUUUUUUCUUUUUGUUCGGCACUAUAGAGUUGUUCGGCUAAAUAGCACCUAUAUUUUUUGAUUAUACAAUAAAAAAAUGGAAGAAAACGAA